GUCACAUAGCAGGAGGUCCAGUCGUUACUAGGGGCGUGGAAUCAAUGUGUAAAAACGGGGACCUCGCAGUUGCAUUUAUUGUUGCUGAUUUAUUGUGCGAUGGGAAACAUGGGCGAGCUAUUAACGUUGUCAAUUUAAUGCUGAGCAUAUUCACCCGGACAAUAUGGACAUUCAAUCAGCAUUACAACACUACGUUGAAGAUUAAUCGCCUCUGAAAGCCGUAUGACAGAGACACACUCGCGCCGGUAACCUGCGGAAAGCUCCACCGCAUCGGAUGAGACUGCCGCUCGUCAUUUGGCGGCAGCAGGGCUAUAUAAGACGCAGGCGAGGGAUGCAAGAUUGGAUGUGCAGACUGACAUCGUACCAUUUGAUACCCCCAUGCUGGAGAAUUGCGUCACCGGGAGGGCGCUGCAGGUCUUCCGUCCCCACUCCGCCUUAGUGUCGGGAACAACCAUAUGGCAAUCAUCAUCUGGAAACUUCAGUGAUUCAACAGUUAAAUCGCCAUGGAAUCGGGUGCCGAGACCGAUGGAUUUAAAUAUCCAUCUGUUCCCAAUUCACAAUGUGAUCUCAACAUAAAUAUUUAUGAGACCAUCAGCGACGGAAACGUCAAUAAUAUGGCCACUUCGACGGUCGUGAGAGGUGGGAGCGACCCUAGUUUGUAUCCUCCAUCGAAUUAUCAGCGGAUCGUACGUCAAAGAUUCAUCAGGAGAAGUUUGUGGUUCUCGGACUCGGAUGAACAGGCCUUUGAGGUGCCAGAAUGUGACAACAGGAGUAAAAUCCUCAACAUAAACCUGCGCACAAUAGUUGACAGGACACGGGGUGCUCAGUCGGGGCCACAGGAGGGCUCCAGCACCGAGAGUCAAGGGGGGCAGAAAGACAGCGCAACAGAGAGCGCCAGCGCUGAUGAGAAGGAGAAAGCUGGGGAUAAAUUGAAUGUUGCAUCCACCGACGGCAGUAAAAACGCUGUCAGAACAGCCAGCGAGGAGAACGAGGAAGAGGCCGAAAUGAAAGCUGUUGCCACAUCCCCUGGGGGACGGUUUCUCAAGUUUGAUAUCGAGCUCGGGAGAGGGUCCUUCAAGACUGUCUAUAAAGGUCUGGAUACCGACACAUGGGUGGAAGUUGCCUGGUGUGAACUUCAGGACCGUAAGCUGACCAAAGUAGAGCGUCAGCGGUUUAAGGAGGAGGCAGAGAUGCUGAAGGGGCUGCAGCACCCCAACAUCGUCCGCUUCUACGACUUCUGGGAGUCACCCCUCAAAGGGAAGAAGUGCAUCGUCCUGGUAACGGAGCUCAUGACCUCAGGCACGCUCAAAACGUAUCUGAAGCGCUUCAAGGUAAUGAAGCCCAAGGUUCUGAGGAGCUGGUGUAGACAGAUCCUGAAGGGCCUUCACUUCCUCCACACCAGGGCCCCUCCCAUCAUCCACAGGGACCUCAAGUGUGACAACAUCUUCAUCACGGGCCCCACCGGCUCCGUCAAGAUAGGAGACCUGGGGUUGGCCACGCUCAAGAGGGCCUCUUUCGCCAAGAGUGUCAUAGGCACCCCAGAGUUCAUGGCCCCAGAGAUGUAUGAGGAGCAUUAUGAUGAGUCAGUGGAUGUCUAUGCCUUUGGGAUGUGCAUGUUGGAGAUGGCUACCUCAGAGUACCCGUACUCGGAGUGCCAGAACGCUGCACAGAUCUACCGCAAAGUCACCAGCGGGGUGAAGCCAGCCAGCUACAACAAGGUUGUGGAUCCUGAAAUCAAGGAGAUUAUUGGCGAGUGCAUCUGCCAGAAGAAAGAGGACCGGUACUCCAUAAAGGACCUGCUGAACCACGCCUUCUUUGCGGAGGACACAGGGGUGCGGGUGGAGCUGGCCGAGGAGGAUGAUGGGAAGAAGGUGGCCAUUGCCCUGAAGCUGUGGGUGGAAGACCCAAAGAAGCUGAAGGGAAAAUACAAGGAGAGCGGAGCCAUUGAGUUUACCUUUGAACUGGAAAAAGAGAGCUCGGAGGGUGUGGCCCAAGAGAUGGUGGAAUCAGGGUUCUUCCAUGAGAGUGAUGCUAAGAUCGUAGGGAAGUCGAUCCGGGACCGCGUAGCGCUGAUUAAAUGGAGGCGGGAGCGGACUGUGUCGGCCCGACCCCCAGUGGACCAGGGAGAGUCAGGACUCAGGGCCCAGGCCACCCUAGCCCAGGGGACCUCUGCUGGGGCUACGCAGGCAGGACAGCCCCCUCUGCUUGAGCCCAAGGAGCCAGAGGAAGACCAGCAUGCCAGGCUAUGUAACCUUCCGGCCAGCGCCACCUCUGUCACAUCAGACAGUACCUUUGACAGCGGCCUGGGCUCCACUGUGUACUCUGACUCCCACAGCAGCCAGCACAAUGUCCUCUACCAGUCACAAGUGGAGCCCAUCACCAUGGCAACGCAGCGGCCCAGUGCUGUGCAUGCGUUGCUCCAGAACCAGUCGUCUCUCCAGGGCCAGCCUGCCUCCGCCCCAGCCCUGCACACCCCCCUGCAGUACCUCCAGCCUGGCCACAGCUACCCCGCCGCUCCCCUGGCCUCCCAACAGACACCCACCGCAGCCGGAUACUCAGCUGCAGCUCUACAACACACCCCAGCUUCAGCAACUUACUCAGCAUCAAACGUUCCUCUACAGCAUAAUCGUACUGGACAGAGCUAUCCAGCUCCAACUCUGCAGCAGACGGCAACAGCAGCAAGUCAUUCAACUGCAAAUGUACCACUUCAACAGCCUGCAGCAAGCUUUUCAGCAACUACCAUGCCCCUACAACAGCCACACACCGCAGCAAGCUACCCUGCAGCAGCUAUGCCAAUCCAACAGACACCAACUCGACAGAGCUACGUUGCCCCAACUCAGCAACAGAUGAUUCAAACUGCUGCAAGCUACCCAGCUCCAAUUCUGCAACAGACCCCAACAACAGCAAGCUUCUCAGCAGCAGUAGCCAUGCCUGUCCAACAGACUGUAUUGGCAGCUAGCAUAGCAGCUGCAACAAUACCCUCACAACCAGCUGCACAGAGCUACCCAGCUCCAGUGGAGCAUCUGCAACAUACCGCUCCCCCACAGAGCUAUGCAUCUGAAGCCCCAACUGUGGUCCACACUGUACCUCUACCCAGUCUCCCUACUCAGGCCCCCAGUGUAGCAACACAGCCUCUAGCUGCUGCUGUGCUUCCCCCAGUCCAGCCUUGCCCAGCGUCACACAGCCUCCCAGCCACAGCCAUGCCUCCCAGUCUGCGGCCAGUCCAGUCUAGUCCCAUGCAUCACAGCCAACAGACUGUGCCAGACCCCAUUCAACAGCAACAUAGCCAUCCAAUGCCCCAGCCCUCUGCACAACACAGCCAACAGCCUGUGCCGGUCCCCAUUCAACAGCAACAUAGCCAGCCAAUGCCCCAGCCCCCUGCACAACACAGCCAACAGCCUGUGCAGGCCCCCAUUCAGCAGCACAACCAGCAAACUGUGCAGGUCCCCCUACCCAAACACAGCCAGCCAAUGGCCCAGCCCACUGUCCAACAGGCUCCAGUCAUCCAGAGCUAUCAGUUACCUGCCCAUACUGUGCAGCAAGGUUCAACCCUCCAGAGUUACCCCAACGCUGCACCCCUGAUGGGGCAAAUGAACGCUGCUUCACAGAGCUACUCACCCACAGUCCCACACAUACAACAACAGGCUGCACCGGUACAAGGCUACACGAAACCCAGUGUGAUGGGUCAGGCCUAUCCAUCUGCUCCGGCUCCACAGCAGGCUGCAUCCCCUCAGACCUACCCAGUGGCCCCCACAGUGCAACAACAGACUGGGACUGCCGCUCCUGCUGCACAGCACAGCCAGGCCCAGGCAGCCACACUACCACCAGGCCAGCAGUACCAAUCCUAUCUCUACAACGCAGCUUUCCUGAACCAGAAUCUUCCUGCUGGUCAAAGCCUUUCCCAGCACCACCAAUCAUCAUCUAGUCUACCUUCCCAGGCAUCGCCUCCUCAGCAGCUAUUGGCUCAGGCCUCUAUCCCUCAGCAGCUGCAGCCACUGCAUAUCUCUACAUCUCUGCCACUAACACACCUUUCCCAGUUUCCCUCACCGUAUCCCAACAUCCAAGUGGUGACCUCUCUGACUGGAUGUGCCACCUACCCUCACCCCUGCCCUGUUUCCCAGUCCUACCCCUCCUCUCUGCCCCCUCUCUACCUCUCCCCAGGCCAGCCUGCCACUCUGCCCCCCUCUGUCUCGUCCCUCGCCCCCCUGCAUAUAGAGAAUGCUCUGGCGCCCCCCACCUCUGUGCCCCCGAUAUCCUCACCCACACCCCUGCUUGCCAUGACAGCACCCACACUGCCACAGCAGCAGCAGAUGUACCCCGCUGCUCUGCAACAGAGUGUUAUGACACACAUACAGCUCCCCACUCUCACACACCCUGUUCACUCACACCUUGCCUCACUGCCUGGACAACAGAACACACAACCGCAGAAUACACACCACAUGCACUCAAACCCUGCUGUUGUACCCCUACAUUUUCAACACGUCAUACACCCCACAUACUCACACCCUGCUGCUGCACCUGAGCUUGCUCUGUCCAGCUCUCAGCCCUUUAGACAGCAGGUCCAACAGCAGGCCCAGACCCAGCUUCCAGAUGCAGUCCCCUCUGCCCAGCCUACUAAGUCUUCCCAGCCUGCAGUUUUCUCCCCUCCCAUACAGAGUGUGUCGGACCCUGGCACAGGUACUGCCGCAACCCAGCUUGACCUCAACCAGAACCCCAGCCAAACCCAGGCCCAGUCCCAGCAUCAGGCCCAAGGCCAGAGCCAACCCCAAGAUCCAGCGCCACUACCCCCUGACUCCUUGACAGCAGCCCCUCGGCCUGCCGGCACCAGCCUGACUCAGCAGAACCAGGCCAGUGCCAGUAGCUGCACAGGGACCACGCUCACCUCGGGACAGGCUCAAACAGAGUCCAAUCUGGAGGAUCCUGGUGCCAGCUACUCUUACGACAGUGUGAACUCAGACGCCACCUCAGGGAAGGAGAUGAGCGACGGUAACGAGGGGACGCACGGAUCAGGGAAGGGCGAGGGCAAGGUCCGGAAACCCCACCGCCGCUCCACGCGCACCCGCUCACGCCAGGACAAGAUCAACAAGCCCAAACUCAGCAUGCUCAACGUGUGUUAUACAGGGGAUAAGAUGGUGGAGUGUCAGCUGGAGACCCACAACCACAAAAUGGUUACCUUCAAGUUCGACCUGGACGGAGACGCACCUGAGGAGAUUGCCACUUACAUGGUGGAGAAUGACUUCAUCCUGCUCCUGGAGAAGGAGAUGUUUAUAGAGCAGUUGAAGGACAUUGUGGACAAGGCUGAGGACAUGCUGAGUGAGGACACAGAGGGGGAGAGGAUCUCUGACCACGCGGGCAGUCCCCAGCAGAUCCACGGAGCAGUCAUACUGGGGGGAGAGGGUUCAAAGACGGCUACACCUAAUUCACCACAACUUGUGUACCAGCAGAACGUCCUCCACACUGGGAAGCGCUGGUUCAUCAUCUGCCCCGUGGCCGAGACGCCCACGCCAGACAGAGAGAGGACUUCAUCAGACACCUCUACAGCCAAGGAGACUCCUGUCACAUCAUUGUCUAGAUCCAGCUGCAGUACUACUCCUCCAGUGUCUGCCCCAACCCCUGUUCCUGCCCUGACCACCACAGCCUCUACUCCAGGCCACUCUGCCCCCCCUGCACCUCAAAGCUCUGCCCAGUCUCAGGACCCCAACGUGGGCAAGGCCAGAGUGCAGCAGCCGCAGGCCUCUGGAACCAAACCCUCCACCACCAAUGCUACGACUGCUGCCGUGGGCCGCCACGACUCUGUUUCAGGCAGCGAACCCUGCGUCUCCAUGGUAACGGACAUCCCAUGCUGCCCCAUCAUCCCACCUGUGUCCCUGGACGAGAAUGGGGCGGGACAUAAAGGGGUGAGUGGCACUUCCUCAUGUCUACCCAAUCAGGAGGCCAGCCUGUCAGGAGACCCGCCCCCUCCGCUGGGCUCCCAACAGCCAGUGGUCCUGCAGCAGCCCUAUGCCAUGCCCAGCAUGGUGGGUGUAGGAGGUGGAGCUACAAUACAAUCACAGCCCCAGAGUCCCGCCCACCAGGCUUCCCAGCAGCAGGAUGUACCUGGGGGUUCCGGGAGUGGAGGUGGAGGAGGCCCGGGGGAGUCUGAUGGAGAGGGCCCGCCCAGGGUGGAGUUUGUGGACCGCACCAUCAAGACUCUGGAUGAGAAGCUGAGGAACCUGCUGUACCAGGAGUACGCCCCAUCAUCAGCUCCCAACAGCACCGCCUCAGACCUUCAGGGCUCCAACACAGAGGGGGUCAGCUCUCCCCCUGUCUCUGACAGCCAGACCACCUCUGAAGUGGGGCUCCCCAGGAAGGGAGAGGUGCUGCCUCAGAUUCCUGAGCGUACAGAUAGUUUGGGUACACUGAGUGACUCUGCAGGAUUGCUGAACAGGAGAGACUUUGUGGGCAGUUCCAGUUCCUAUGGCUCCAAGAGCCGCUUUCAGAUCGUCCCCACUCCUCCGGACGUCAUCCGUCGUUUAGAGAAGGGCAGAAGUCACAGCACCUGCAGCUCGCUGGCUCCCUCUAGUGGCUCGGGGGGCUCUCGCGCUGCAGCCGAGGGGGACGGCCCACGAGACCAGGGGUGUGUGGUCGUGGGUAGGUUCUCAGUGAUGACCACCGAAGAGGGGGCGGAAAGCGCCCCCAAACCCCACUGUAGUAACCGCUACUCAGCCCCCCCAGACUUCUACCAAGACACCACCGCCUCCAGCCCCAACACCACCCGCAGCCUGCUUCCACGUGCCCACACUGCUGACGCUGCCACCAACCACUCCUUCCACUUCGACUCUGACUCGGGGGAGGAGGACACCAGUAGUUUAGCCCGUCCCCUUGCCCACCACAAGCCUCCGGCUCAUGCCCUCUCGGAACACAGCGGAAGUGACCUCAUGAAGAGGGCGGUGGCCUUCCUGCGCCGCACGGGCCGCAGCAGCAGUGUGCAGAGCUCUGAUUCGCCGAGCCGGCAACCCGUGGUAGCGAAUGGCCACGCCAUCUCGCCGCCUGGACCCGGCCAUGUAUCGUACGUCAGUAGUGACAAUGACUCUGAGUUUGAGGAUGCGGACAUGAGGAAGGAGCUGCAGAGGCUGAGGGAGAAACACAUGAAGGAGAUCUCUGAGCUGCAGGCGUUCCAGAGGAGUGAGAUAGAGCGUCUGUAUAAAGAGCUGGGGAAAGCCGUGCCGCCCGGUGUAGGCCUGUUGCACGCUGCUCCCCCUAGUGGCCGCAGACGCAAGAUCAGCAAACACAAGCUGAAGGCGGGCAAGCUGCUCAACCCAAUGGUGCAGCAGCUGAAAAACAACCUGAACGCCACCACCACCGGUGAGAGGAAAGGUGAGAGUGCACCGAGCUCGUCUGGCUCUCCAGCUAAGAGCUCCAUUGUGUCUGACAGCUCGGCCCGCUCCAGUGGCAGCAGCAGCAGUACCAGCGGAACUCGGCCCAGCACGGCCCCAGAGCCUGUCCAGACCCAGCAACCCUGCUCCCUCAAGGGCUCCUUCUCCUCUGACAACAUCUACGGUGGAGGCAUGGCCACACACGUAGGCCCAGGGCAAGGCUGGACGGUAUACCACCAAACGUCAGAGAGAGUGACCUAUAAAUCUAGUAGCAAACCACGUGCUAGAUUCCUCAGUGGACCCGUGUCUCUGUCCAUCUGGUCCACACUGAAACGACUAUGUCUAGGCAAAGAGCGCAGCAGUAGGUCUUCUCACGGCGCCAGUGCAACUCAGACGGCGUCCAAUCAGCAACAGCCACCAGCUGUCCCCACUCCUUUGCCAUCUCCUCAACCAAUGACAGUGCUAGCUCAGGCCCAGACAAACAACAGCAACAACAAGAAGCCAGGCACCUUCACGGACGACCUGCACAAGCUGGUAGAUGAUUGGACGAAGGAGACGAUGGCGGCCACACAACCGCGGCCCUCUCUGAACCAGAUCAAACAGCAGAGACGCAUGCAGGACCUGGAGGGCCAAGCCACGCCCCUGGGAGGAGCCACGCAGGAGGUGAGAUGUCCCAUCCCUCCAAACAAGUUCCAGCUGCCUUUGUCGUGCCCGCUGACAGCUGCUUUAGGCUCAGCCAUGCCCACUGCCCUGAGCUCCAAACCCUCUGCCAUGCUCCAGCCCGGGUACAUGGUACCAGCAGGCCCCUACGGAGGGGUGGUGCCCGGCCCCCUAUACCCCCAGCAGUGGUCUGGUAUGCCCAGCCCUGUGGGAAUGAUGGGGGCAGCGGGAGGGAUGCCCUACCCCACCAUGGCCAACCCAGGGGUGCAGGCGUACCCCCUGACCCUGCACAGCCCUGAGAACGUCCCCAACACCAGGACUACCUAAUGUGACAACAAGCACCUCCCUGCACCCAGUAAACCCCCAUCCCACCCCAUCGCCCCUGUCGCUCAACACAGACUGCCCCCAGAUGUUCCCCCCUAUCCCAGCACCCUCACAUCAGGACUGCCUGACUAACAGGUCUUAACUCAUCUUGUGUUGAUAACCUAACUCCCCUCUGUCCCCCCUGCUUCUCACUCCAGGGUUACAAUUGUAAUGAAAUCAAACUCUUAACUUUGAAUAGAGUGAUGGGCUGGGAAAGAGAGUAAAGUAGGGCCCACACAUUUAGAUGCUCCAACAAAUGGCUUAUGGGUCAUUCACCUCAAAGCACAAGGAAGAGGAUUUCGACACCCACCAUCUGAUUGUGCUGAAAUAAUUUAUGUAGUUAGAAACAGAUAUUAGCAUUCCUGAAAAUAUUUGUUGAGAUAUAAUUUGAUCUCUGAGAAAUCUAGCUAAUUGAUUGCACAAACAUUUGCCAUUUUAAUUUAUAGGAUUCAUAUAAUCUUCAAUAAAUAUAGUACCUAACAUCCGAUUUGGACCAUCAUUCUUCCUAACAAUUAGUAAGAUGUGGUAUCCAAUAAAAUUAUCAAAAGCCACCCACGGACCCCUGUGAAUCUGGUGACAGUUUUUUCCCCUUUUCACAGAAAUUAGCCUUUUGAAGUCUCUUGCAUUAUUUACCAUAGAUUUGUGUGAAAGUACCCUGUUUUGCCCACUAGAUGCCACUGUUCCUGCUAUUGCCACACACAGAGGGGCCGUUUCCUGGACACAGAUUAAGCCUAAGAGAAGGACAAACAAUUGCUUUCAUGGAGGACUGGCUUGAAUUGUGAGGAUGACCAUACAAUUUGUUUUCAUCAUGAGCAAAAGCUAUUGGUUUUCUACCCAAAGUUGCAAAGAAAAUGCUGUGAUCCAUUUAAUAAGCACAAGAAACCUGCUAAAUUGAUAAAAAGGGUGUGGCAGUAGCAGGAAGAGCAGCAUCUAGUGGGCAAAACCUGGUACUUUCACACUAAUUUAUGGUAAAUAAUGUAAGCGACUUCAAUGGCUAAUUUCUCUGAACAGAUUCACAAGGAAUACAUUACAUAGGAUGAAGAAGCAAUAAUCCAAGCCGCAGCUCCAUAGAGAACUGAUCCUGUAUACUGGUUGUUAGGGUGAGAUUGGUGUGGGGGGGUCUGUGGGUGACUUUAGAUUGGAUUACUCAUGUCUUACUCAAUGGUAGGAAGAAGUUUUGUCCAAAUCGGAUGUUGGGUACUAUAUGUAUUGAAUAUCAUGUGAAU